AUGUCCCCGUGCCCAGCCCCCACGGGGCCCCCGGUGCCCGCUCGGCGCAGGGUCCUGUGCGUGCCCAGCAGCAGCGACGCGGGGAGCACAGAAAAGCGCCUGGGCGAGCGGGAGGAGGUGAGCGCGCCCCCACUGGAGCCAAAAGCCAGGACGCUGGGGUCCGGCGGGUCCCCGCUGUGGAUCCUGCCCUCACGACAGCGCAUCCACACCGAGAGGAUCAAGGAAACCUACAUUGGGGACGUCACCUGCGUUGAUGAUGUGGACUCAGCCCUGGAGAGCACUGACACCUCUGACGGCUGCCGCACGGACAGCGAAGAGGGGGGACCCCGGGGCCGCCAUCCCAGUGCCCAUGGGCACCUCCGGCCCCAUAGCCAUGAUGCCCCCGUGGCUGGGAAGCCGCAGCGGGAGCGUCACGGGGCCGAUGGCAGAAGGGACGUGCGGAGACUGAGCGGGUCAGCGGGGCCCAAGGCUUCAGCCAACGGGCCCGAGGUGCCUUCCCCAUGUGUGGCUCCGCUGCCGGUGUCGCUCCGGAGCACUGGUGGCCACGAAGCUGUCGUGGGGCCGCGCAGGGCCCCCUCUCUGCAGCCAGGCCUUGAGCCCCCUGUGCUGGGUGCCCCUGGCCGGGGCCACUCGCCAGCGCCUUGUAGGAAAGCUGGUGGCCCCCGAGAUCCCAGCCCUGAGCCCGUGGUCCCCGCGGAGCGGCCAUCCCCGUGCAGCACCCGGCACCUUCCUGGCAGCCCCCUUGGUGCCCUGUCUACCAACAACUGCAACAACACGCAGGGCCGGGCGCUGGGCGGAGGGCAGCCCCGGCGCACGGCCUCUGUGCAGAGCCUGCAGAGCCUCCUGGCCAAAGCGCCCCGGGCCAGCGCCUACCUGGUGCCCAAGCCAGGGGACGGCUUGGUGCCCCCUGCCAGCAGCAAGGGGGGCCCGGCGCCCCGGCGCUCGCUCAGCCUGGAGGACAUCGGAGCCCCUGACCUGCCUCGCGCCGUGGGCCGCGUGAUCGAGGUCUUCCCCGACGGCACCAGCCAGCUGGAGCUGCGGCGGCCGCCUGACGGCACCUUCGGCUUUCGUCUCGCCUCCGGCCACGGCCGCCCCGACUCAGGUGUCUACGUGCAGGAGAUGGCGGACGCCGGCACGGCCAAGCUCUACGCAGGGCUCCUCGCUGUGGGUGAUGAGAUCCUGCAGGUCAACGGGGCGGCGGUGUCGCGCCUGGCGCCAGCCCAGCUCCACGAGCUGCUGCUCCGUGCGGACACUCUGUCCCUGCGUGUGAUGCGCCAGCGCCCGCCCCGACGGUAG